AUGAUUUUCCCAAUGAUACCCCAACUCGUGCUUUCUCUGGCCUUAACGGCCCUAGUCCGGCCGGUCGCAGCAAAUGGCUCCUCAUCCUGCACAAGCGUAACAAUAACCUCCCAGGCCGACGCCGACUCCGCAUUCGAAAACUGCGAAGACAUCAAAGGCGGCGUCACAAUCUCCUCCUCCGCAGCCGGAACCCUCAAUCUCGAGAAUCUUCAGAGUGUCAGCGAGGACCUGACAAUUGAAGACACAGGCCUGGUCGGAUUUUCGGCAUCAGACCUGCAGAAUGUCGGCGGCGCAAUCAAGGUCACAGGCAACGAUCAGCUGAAUCGUCUGCAGCUCGAUGAUGCGCAGACGGUGGGAGGCGAUCUAACAGUGCAGGAUAAUAAAGCACUCACGGGGCUGAGCAUGGAUAAUCUCAAGACUGUGCGCGGGAAGAUGGAUUUGGAUGGGGGGUUUAAUACUCUCUCCUUCGAGAACCUCGAGCGCGUCAACGGCGAAUCCUCUAUCGUCGCCACCGGCUCAGCAGGGUGUAGCGGCAUCGACAGAGUGAAUGCCGAGGGAGGCGACAACGACGGCGCGGUCUUCCAGGGCUCGUACUCUUGCGCGACCACCACGGCCUCACCGUCAGCGAGCGCGUCUCCCGGCGACGACUCGGACUCGGACUCGGACUCCGGCUCUGGCAUUAGCGGCGGCGCAAUUGCGGGAAUUGUAAUCGGCGUUGUUGUCGCGAUCAUCAUCGCGCUUAUCCUGGCGUGGCUUUGGCUUCGGCAGCGCAAGAAGAACCGCGCCGCUGCAGCCGGCGCAGGCAUCGCCGCUAUGAGAGAUGCAGAGAAACAGCAUCCUCCCAGCCAAGGCCAAACACCCAGCACGGGCGCGGCCAGCAGUAACGGCGCGCCCAUCGCCGCAGCAGCGAUAGGCCGAUCCACUUCUGGUACUGAACGAGGCGUCACGACAGCAGGGACAAUUCCCCGGCGGCCUGUGUCAACGGCCUUCUCUACAACAACAGCAGGACUCACAUCCUCUACCUCGCCAUCAUCCACGGACCCGUCUUCUGGUCUCCCGUCGUCUCUAACGGCUGGUUCGGCAACGGCGUCCUCAAUGCCUGUUCCUACGUCUUUGAUUCCGGGGACGAAUGGGCCUGGCAAUCGCAAUACGAUUAGCGAGGGGGAUGCGCUGUUCUUGAACGCGGGUCGGAAUGUGCCGAGGCGUCGCCCGUCAGAGUCGGAUGUGCCGAUGCUGGAUAGUGGGGACGUGCAUGAGGUUCCUGCGGUUUCGGUGGCGGAGCAGGAGGGGAUGAGGAAUGGCGAGAGGGUUGUGGGUGAUGGAGCGGUGUUUGAGCUUGAUGGUGGGUUUGAUGGGGCGAGACACCAGCGGGCGAUUCAUGCGGAGAAUGGCAGUAACACUGCUGGGGCGUGA